CUACAGCACCGUUAGUAUAGAUGUCGCCCUGUACAGUACAGGCCCAGGCCGCCUUUUCCCGCUUACCAAAUCCAAAUCCAAGGGCAUGAACAAAACCAUUCAAAGUAUCCGUCCACCGUCCAAAAAACACGCGUAAGCAAAAUAGAAAACAACGAGCAUCUUCCGUUUUCGUAUCGCCGAGUUCCCCAUCACAUCAUCAUCAGCGAGCGACUCAUUACACACACCGCCCCCACAACCAGCGACAGGCGUGGACGAGACGGACGAGGAGUGAGCAGGACAGACGAGACGAGACGACUUUGAUACUCGUUCUCUGAACGUAUCGUCCCGAAGCAUCGAAACAGGAGAUAUAAAUAAAAGCACCAUUCACCCGCGCACGACGACUGAACGUUUGAGUUGGGACCUGUUCGGUAGUCCGGGUUACGCAGCGAAGUAGCGAGACCAACUCUCGACACCGGACACACAUACACAGUCCACAUUCGCUAAAAUGCGCCAACCACCUACCCUCCCGACUCCGUACGCCCAAGACUUCUCCCCCAAAUCCGCCCACCCCGCGACCCACCCCUCCCACGAACGCGCCCACAAACGCACCACCACAUCCACAACGACCACCACCACGUCCCCGGCCGGCGGCUUCUUUGCAGCGCGCGGCACGUCGCCGCCGAAGGCUGGGGCUUUUCAUGCGAGGAGCGGGGCGGAUGAAGGGGCCGGGGUGAAGAAUGGUGGAGGGCAUGGAGGGGCAAAGUUGGGAGGAGGAGAGCGCGUGAAGAAGGGGGAUCCGUUUUCGGGGGGUGGGAGUGAGAGGCGGGAUGUUACCAGCUUCCGCAAACUCUACGACCGCGGCGACUUUCCCAUCGCAGUCAACCACUCCCCCAACGGCAAUAAAAUCAACUGGAAAGUCGACAUCGACAAGCUCGACUACCACCACUACCUGCCGCUCUUCUUCUCCGGCCUCUGCGAGACCGAGGAGCCGUAUGCAUUCUUGGCGAGGCAGGGCAUUCAUGAUCUUUUGGACAAAGGGGGGAAUAAGGUGUUGCCGGUUGUGCCGCAGUUGAUCAUUCCUAUCAAGAAGGCAUUGAACACACGCAACAUCCAUGUCAUUACGACCACGCUGAAAGUGCUGCAGCACCUUGUUGAGUCGGCGGAGAUGGUCGGCGAAGCGCUCGUGCCGUAUUACAGGCAGAUUUUGCCCAUCUUCAAUCUGUUCAAGAAUAAGAAUGUGAACCUUGGAGACGGAAUCUACUACUCGCAACAAAAACGCGAAAACAUCGGUGACCUCAUCCAGGAAACGCUCGAAAAGUUUGAGGUCACCGGUGGCGAGGAUGCGUUCAUCAACAUCAAGUACAUGGUGCCAACUUAUGAGAGUGUUGUUUCGCGGAUUUAAGAUGUGGGUUAGGGAUGGUGGGUAAUUUUAGGAAGGAGGGAGGUGUUGGGGGAGGGAUUAGUUUGGGAAAUUUAGAGGAGGUGGGAGAGGAUGUGGCGGUCCGCCCAGGAAGGGAGAUGAUGUGGGAUAGAUGUCGGCCAAACCAAACAUGUCUUAGGGAGGGGUGAGCACUGGGGCCGAGUGGAGCAGCAUCUUUCUCUCAAACGCAGUAAGCCGGGUUUCUGCUCUCCGCCGUUGGCUGGCGGCCGUCCGGUGUUUGUGUGUACGUACUGAGUCGGUACGGGUCUUUGAUUCCCUUAAAUUUAUACACGUGAAUUGCUGUGGUUGUUUUUGCUUGAUAAGUGAGGGGAGAUGUCGCGAU